AGAAACGUGCUGUGUCCAUAAACUCCAAAUAGAGUCCAGUGAAAGUGCAGUGAGAAGCACUGCACUGGAAUCAUGGCCACUGCAUUUCAGGUUCUGCAGAAAUCCCUAUUAAAUGCUCGUAAAGACUUGGAAUCAACCAACGAGUCCAUCAAGAAAUUGACUGGUUAUGAACAGAAGUUUAAAGUAGCCCCACGUCCCAGUCCGAGCGGCCCUGAUGGGAGAAGGCGACUUAGCAGCACAGACUCGCGACCAGAUAGGCGCCUAGCCAGCAACUUGAGAGCCUGGUCUGAGUCUGACAACAGGAAGAGGGACCGACCGACCGAGGGGAGGGCAAGGCUGAUUGGACGUCUGGGCUCUUCUGGCGACGUUGACCUCUCUGAUAGCAAAAGGAGAGAUCCUUUUGGAGCAAAGUCAAGGUUGGCAGGACGACUGGGACCACCUGUCAAUUGGGAAGAGAGAAAAAAAGACGGAGGUCGUGACCUGGACAGUGAUGGAGACGAGGACGGAGAGAUAAUAGACCUAGAGGCACGUAAGCCUGUCCAGUCAUCUGUGGUUGCAGUACCAGCUCCGCCACGACCCAAAGCUGAUCCAAAAGAGAACGAAAAGAGCAAGAAGAGGAACCAGCGGAUGUUUGGGUUCCUUCAAAACACUCUCCGUAAAUUCAAAGACAACGAAGCCACUGCCAAAACAACGGAGAAGGAGCGUCGUCGUAGUGAGAUUGAGGACAAGGUGACCAAGACAGAGGAGCUGGAGAAAGAGACAGCUCAGAUGGAAAGAAAGGAACUGUUUGAUCAGCAGAAGGCCCAGAAGACCAAGGUGUCCACCAUCGCCAGGCAAAUGGAGAUGGUCAAUGACUACACUGUGUGGAAUGAUCACGACAAGAAGAUGCUGGGCUACAUUGAGACGAAGGCCAAGCCAGUUAUCUUCUAUCUGCCCAAAGAACACACUCUUCAGACAGAGGAGCUGUUGGCCAAGACAAGGGACAAGAUUGAAGGCAAAAUAAACGAAAGACUCAAGGAGAUAGAAUCAUUUAUAGAGACUGCUAAUUCUCUGAGAGCUGAUGUGUUCCAGAGUGAGGGUGAUGUGGGGGGUGAGGGUGUGGGGGGUAAUGGGAAAGAGUCUAAGGCCAUUAAUGGAGAAGUGCCUGGGGCUGAGCAAUAGGUGGGCUUUAAUUAGGCUCUUUUAUUGAAAUAGGCUAUAAAAGGCGGUUUUAUUGCUUUCUUUUUCUUAUUUGUACAGUGCUUAUUUGUGACUGUAUCUCUAUGAAUUCUGCACUUGUAAUCAUGAAGUUUAUACUAAUAUACUUUAUUGUGCUGCCAACA